AUGGCUCCCUUCACUCUCGAGGUCCGCCACAGUGAGGAAGAAACGAUCGAGUGUUGGGACGAUGACGAUGAUCUACAAUGCUACGAGGAUAUCCAGCUACGAGCCGCAUCAACAGCUACAUCUGUGACGACUUCGUCAGUGCGCCGGUCGGGCCACCGAGAUUCGAUUUCAUCGCGUCGCUCAGGACGUUCCGAUAUUGAUUCCAACGCAGGAGGGGACGAGGAUUGGCAGGUUCAGCUGUUGGACAAUGACGAAAUCAUCACCGAAGAAGCUAUCGCUUCUGCCAAAAACGCCGGGAUCCCUUUGCCUAUGAACGUCCCUCGAUCGGCCCUCAUUGGAGGCACCAUCAAGCGCCUCGGACACAGAAAGCAGAAGAAGGAUAUAGUCGACGACUGGUCAGAUGACGUCGAAUUUCCAGGUCCCGACGGCACCCUUGAGUUAAAGCGUUCGCUAAAUAUGUGUUUUCCUGAGUCUCUUCGGCAAAUCAAUUCCGCUGCCCCAAGUCCGACCAAAACCUCCGCCCCGUGUUUUUGGGAUAGCGAGGCCUCGACACGCCUUCAGUCAGCUCUUGCUAUCACUUCUAUUUCACCGCAAGAGGGCGGGCUCGUUGACACUCAAGACGUUCCUACGAUUAGGGUUGCCAAGCCUCGGUCGCCAGACAGAGCAACGCGUAUCGACAGUCCGACUCCUGAGAGAGGCCAGGAUUCCACUGACAAUCUCGAAGAUGAUUUCGAGUUACCGGCGGAUGACAUCCUGCUCCGGCUCUCCCCUAGAAAGACAGCCGUGGAAACCGCCGGUCCUACUCCUGAUGAUAUCGACGUAGAUUGGUCAGAAGGCAGUAUUGGAGUCCGGUUCGGGGGUACCGCAAGGGAUCAGCCAUCAAUUCCAAGCUCUUCGGUUUCCGUUGUCAGCCCAAGUUCAUCGAGCUGUCUCACGGUUGAGAGUGAAGAUGAAGGCCUUGAUGGCCUCGUCAUCCCAGAAGGCCCGCUUGAUUUUGAAGCGUCCUUAAGGAAGCGGAAAGAAUCGCCCAGUGAUGACGUACGGUUGGAACGGCGUUCAGUUAAUCAAACGCCAGUCCUUACUGACGACUUCUUCUCGGGCCUUGAAGUCAACAAUGGAGAAGUAUUUAAUCCUCGCAGGCUGUCGAUAAACCCCAACGUCAAGUGCAAAACGGAAAUUCCCAAAAGUCCUGCGCGGCACUCAACAACUACAAUCACGUUCACAAACACGGCGGUUUCCCCAAAGACUCGAAUUCCUCGCCUUUCAGGACACGACCGUCCUCAUUCAACCCAUCUCGAGACUGUGUCGGAGAGCGGUGCUCCUCUGUCAAGAUUUCGGUCAUCACAACGCCGGGCUGGGGGUCAUUCGUCACAGUCUUCCGUCUCCAGCCUUCCUGGGUCUUCCACAUCUCAAAUACCGUCAACCCCUAGUCGACGGCUCAUGGGCGCUGGUGUAUCGAAUGAUAGCUUUGCUAGUGAACGCAUAACCUCGGGUAGGCAACUACUGAGAACCAAGCGCUCAAUGCCAACAUUACGAAAUCCACAUCAGACUAUCUCAAAUAUUCAAAGUCUGCCUACACUACAAGAUGGUUCGGACGUGCCUAAAUACUACGCCACCCGACCGAAAACUCCUGUUGACCGGAUAGGAAGUGAUACGAAGACUUUCGCUCGUAAAACUCAGGCACCAUUUCUUCCUGCCGGUGCCUCGGAUAAGCAGUCGCAUCAUGCCAGUGUCAAGAGUUCUCGAUACAAUCGUCGGUCCAGUUCAGAUAGUCCCAAUGAUGCAUCAAAUCCCCAAGGACAUGGAACCCGACUGCCGCGAUCUACUCGCCAUGAUACUAUGGGUAAGACUCUCAAUGAGUCUAGUCCAGAGGCAUUGGUCGCUGCAAGCAAAAGAACACUUACGCGACCUACUCGAAGGCGCAAUUUUGGUGAUGGUUCUGAAUUGGCACUAUUUGACGAUCUGCCCACAUCUUCUUCAGCAGAGAGAAAAUUCGUGAAGCAUCCUUCGGGGCGAGGUGUUCCGAGGACACUUAGAAGUAAAUUAAACAACGGCCAGUCUAAUACAGCAAAGGCAGAUGCCACAAUCGAGCAAGCCACACCAAGCGCUACAAUCAGGCUAAACAGUGUCACACCAAGAUUCGCACGGGACACGAACGCUUCGAGGAACGCAAGAGAACAGCGCAUUGCAUCGUUAACGAACACGCCAAAGAACCGCGACAAUCACCCGCUUGCUCCUCUUGGGAUGAAUUGGAAGCCUGCGAAUGUGUCGCGGGUGCCUUCGAACUCGGCAACUAUCCGGAGCAGGAAAAGCAAAGCUGCGCCAGUGCCUGUCUCCAAACCACAACUAAUCAAACCCAUGGGUACGGUGCUGACAUCCUUAGCUCUUAAUGGCAUGCGUUAUAAUCCUAGUUCCUUUUGCUGGGAAGGAAAUGAAAACAUAGUCCAGGAUUUCGACACUAUGUCCCCCAAGUCACCAAAGCCGACCCCUGCUCUAAUCACGAAUAUAGGCGCGAUGAAGAAUGUGCAGGUCGUCGGCGGAAUGGUGUUUGAUCCACAACGUAUGUGCUGGCUCAAAUUGGCGCCAUUGCAGCCGGGGAAGGAUGGGCUGGUUGCUAUUCAAGACGAAGACGAUGUCUUUGCAGGUCUAGACGACCUAAAAGAGCCGUCCAAUACCGCGGGGGGACGAAUUUCGGGCGCCUAUGAUGAGUUCGGUCUCGCGGCCAGUAUUGAUGACCGCAGCUACGAAGAUUCAUCGGACGAAUGGCCCAUAACGGAAGAGUUUGACGUGGGCCCGGAGUUUAUCAGGCGCCAGCGUGCGGAAGAAGAGAAGUGGAGGCGCAAGGUCGAUAAAUGGACCACUCAUGAUCGUGGGAGGUUCGGGGACGGUUGGAGAUGGGCUAUUCGGGAUCUGGUGAGAUUCAAUAAUAGCACGCUCAGCACACAGCACCUUGACCGCACAUGA